CUUGCUUGAUUGCUUCACCGUGGUCCGUGGAUUAUCGACGAUUACAGAGAUCAAUGAAGGUAGCGCCGAAGAUACUGUUCCUUUUCAGAGAUCCAGAGGGGUUCAGCGCUGCCAUCGCGGACGCAAUCUUCCCUAACCCUAACUCUUCUCUUCGCCGACUAGAAGAGCAUUUUGAGCUGUCAUUGGAACACUACGGUGUCAAAGAUCGGAAGGCAUGUGGAGACUUCUUCCACUUUGUCGAUGAUAAGGGUGUUUAUCAGGUGUCACUGCUGCUUCUGGAAAAGUAUGAGACUCCAGUAUUGGUGUGUGCCAUGAAUGAGGUUCUGGUACAAAUUGUAGCAGAAACAUCAACACUGCUUCCCACUCUGGUUGUUCCAUUUAUAUUGGCCUCCUCAAAGCUUAAGUUCGAAAAUAUAACACUAGCAAAUGGUAGUGAUGUUAAGCUUUAUGGUGUACAAAUAGGUCCUGAAACUGAUAGCAGUCAAAUCAUUGGUACGAGAACCCAAAAGGCACCAUCGUCCUUGCAGAUUCACUACGAACCUCUGGCCUGCUUUCUUCAGUUGGUCCGUGUCUUGAAAUUUCAAACCUCUGUUAUUAUUGGGCAAAGACAUGGAAGUUCUGACAAAUCCAUUGGCAAAGAACUUGAGGUACUGUAUGAGAUAGGUGAAAUUGUGGCAGACACCACAUCCUUGUGCUUCUUGAGAGACAUGGUUACUUGGAAUCCUGCUAAGAAAUUGAAGGAUGGUGAAGAACCAUGGCGUGCGCUAUAUGGUUGAGUAUAAGUGUAAUGAACAUUAGAAAAUAGUGUAACCUGUCUUUUUUUUAACAGAAAUUCAGGGCUAUGUAAUGCUUUUCUGAAUUUCGUAGGAUAAUAGAUUGGUUGGACGAUGAUCAUUUCUGUUCUUCCAGUAAAUUCUGAAUGGGAUUGUUUUCAUGGCAAUAUACAUCCAUUAAUCUGUUAUUUCA